GGGAGUGGUAGUGCGGAGUGUCUACGCCCUGCAGCUCCCUCUCGAGACUAGAGGACGCUGAAAGAAUGGGAGAGACGAGACGAGCUGUGUUGUAACCAUGCAGAUAUUCCGGGGCGCUUACAGGCUUACGGCCUCAGUAGAACGUGGAUCCCGCUGUCUGAAAGCACGUGAGGACGCUACCUAGCUGAAGCUGUGCAGGUCCGUGCCAGACAGGACACCUGUUAGGGACACUCCGUGAAUUUCAGAAUGGAAGAAAGGUGGGAUAUACACUUAUUCCAUAGACCAGCCCUCAAAACUGUGACCACAUGGAACUACACGAUUAUCAGUGGGAAGUCAUUGAGCCUGCCUUGGAGGGCAAAAAUAUCAUAAUCUGGCUGCCAACGGGUGCAGGAAAGACUCGGGCAGCUGCAUAUGUGUGUAAAAGGCACUUGGAGACCCGAGAGAAGAGCAAAGUGGCUGUGUUAGUCAAUACGGUUUCUCUAGUGGACCAACAUCUGAAGAAUGAGUUUAGCAUCUUGCAGAAUUGCUUCCAUGUUACAGCCGUCAGUGGUGACAACAGCCAGAAGCUGUUUUUCUCACACGAAGUCAAGAGCCAUGAUUUGAUAAUCUGCACAGCAAAGAUUCUGCAAAAUGCACUUGACAGCCAAGAGGAGGAGAUGCAUGUGGAGUUGACAGAUUUCUCAUUGCUGGUGAUUGACGAGUGCCAUCACACUCACAAAGAAACCACCUACAACAAGAUUAUGGAGGUCUACCUUGAGCAAAAGCUGAAAAGCCAAGGAAACUUACCACAGAUCCUGGGGCUUACAGCCUCGCUAGGUACUGGAGGCGCCAACUCCCUAGAGGGAGCUCAGGAACACAUCCUGCAGAUCUGUGCCAAUCUGGACACUGAAAGAAUCAUGUCAUCUGAUAAACACAAGUUCUACCUUGAUACUCGUGUUCCACGACCCAAGAAGCAGUAUGACCUGUCCGAACCAAGACCUCAGGAUCCCUUUGGAGCAGACUUGAAGGAGAUAAUGAACCAGAUAUAUAGUUACCUGAAUGUGCCUGACUUGACUACAAAUUUUGGUUCCCAGAUCUUUGAGCAGCAAAUUGUGGAGCUUGAGAAAGAAGGAGCAAAAAACUUUUGCCAAAAGACCCGAGUGUGUGCCUUGCACCUCCGUAAAUACAACAGUGCACUUCUGAUCAAUGACACCGUGCGCAUGAUUGAUGCCUUCAAACAUCUGAAUGAGUUUUACCUGCUAGAAAAUGCUACUAAGGUGCUGCAGAACCCUGCUGAGUGCUACCUGGUCCAGAUCUUUGAAAGGAACAAAGUGCACCUCUUGGCCCUAGCUCAAGACCAGAGCUAUGAGAAUCCCAACCUUGGUAAGCUGCAGAAAGUCCUCCAGGACCAAUUCCAAGAAUUGAAGAGCUCGCAGGGAAUUGUGUUCACCCGGACACGCCAGAGCGCUCAUUGCCUUCACCAGUGGGUACAGGGUAACCAGGUCUUGAAUGACCUUGGGAUCAAGGCUGCUGUCCUGACAGGGGCUGGCUUCAGCAGUCAGACAAAACACAUGACACAGCAAGAGCAGCAAGAUGUCAUCCAUAAGUUCCGCAAGGGGGCACUCAAUCUGCUCUUCUCCACCAGUGUGGCUGAGGAAGGGCUAGACAUCGCUGAGUGCAAUAUCGUAGUCCGCUAUGGGCUGAUGACUAACGAGAUCUCCAUGAUGCAGGCCAGGGGCCGUGCCCGUGCCCCAAACAGCAUCUGCUCUGUUUUGGCCAAGGCUAAUAGCAAGGAAGUGGCCCGUGAGAAGCUCAAUGAGACCCUGGAGGUCUUAAUGGAGAAAGCUAUUGCGUGGGUGCAGCGGAUGCCUCAGCUGGAAUACCACCUAAAGAUUGCAAAGCUUCAGCAAGAAGCCGUUGUCAGCUGCAGGCUGCGGGAUGCUGGGCGUGAGCAGCAACGCAGACUAUAUGAUCCAGACUCUGUGCGCCUCUACUGCCUUAACUGCAACAUAGCAGUCUGCCACGGCAGUGACCUGCGCAGAAUUGAGAAUAUGCACCACAUAAAUAUCAACCCCAGCUUCAGUCUGUACUAUAAAGCAUCCCUUGCUCAUGUGGCGAUUCCUCGCGAGUUCAAGGACUGGAAGCCCGGCAGCUCCAUCAGCUGCAGCAAAUGUGGGCAGGCUUGGGGAAUGGAAAUGAUCUACCGGGAAAUCAAACUCCCCAUGCUUGCCAUUAAAUAUUUUGUAGUGGAAACUCCAGAUGACCGAAGAACAUUCAAGAAGUGGAGUAAAGUUACCUUUGACAUCAAAGAGUUUGACUAUAUUGAAUAUUGUAGUACCAACCUCUUGCUGGACAGCUAAGACUUGAAGAACAAGUGAAAAAUAGAACAUUAAAUACAUUUCCUUGGAUAAACUAGUACUUUAACAUAGCCAGUGUUUUGCAUGCAUAGGACACAUCAGCUCAUAAUACACGCAAGUAGAUCUAACUCCGAUGGGCACUAGAGAAUCAACAUGGUCCAGUAGACCAUGAGUUGGGUCUAGAAGACUGUUUCCCCACUUGUCAUGGACUCAUAAUGCAAAAUUAGAUUAACUCUUGGCCUCAGUUGUUGGCCUGAAAGAAUGAGAGUGAAUACAUCAAAAGACUGAAACAGUUUGGAAAUGAACGUGAUAUCUUGUAAACAACAACAUCCAAGUAAAAUAGGCAGAGUCUGUGUCAAAAGCAAAGAUAGCAGAAUCUUCAAGGAACAUCAGUGUGGUGCAGCAGCCACAUCACAAGUUUAGAACAUGGAAUCAUAGGUUCAAUUCCACACUUGGCCAUGAAACUUGGUGGUGGCCAGCCAGUCACUAUGGCAGCCAAAUAUAGAGCCUCUAUCUGGACUGUACCACUUCCAAGUAGAGGCAGCUCACAUGACUGAAUUUUCUUCCAUACAGAAAAUAUUUUCCCCUUCACAUACAGAAAAAAAUGCACUUUCAGGGAGGUGGCUAAGCCAGGUCCCUUCUCCCCAUCUAAUUUAGAGGAAAUGUUUUUGUUCGGAGGAAUAUUGUCAUGCAAGCUCUUCCUUCCAGCCUCAAGUGGCUUACCACCACAGUGAGAGUUAGAUCUCACUACCUAGUCUUCAUUGAAGGAAGAACAGGAGGCAAAUUUGAUAAAUGAAAUCAGUACAGACUUCUUUGGGAAAACACCAGAGCCUGGAUGAUGAAAGUUGGGGAAAUUCUGAAAUGCACUUCAUGAUACAGCACAAGGGGGUGGGGAGAGAGAAGAAUAGAAGUUCCAUGGUCACUAACAAUGCCUUAUCUACCUAAAGUGGCUGUCUGGUUCUCUAAUGUCUUAUUUGAAUGGUGUCAAACUUCUCAUAAAAAUGAAAUUAUAUUUUAGAGAGGGCUGGGUUAAAAAAUAAGUGUGUGUAUAAGGGGGGUGCAUUUGAUGCUGUACAAUGUUCCAAUCUCUCAGGCAGUCUGGCCUGUAGGGUCAUUCCAUCAAUCACUGCUUUGAAAAAAAUGGUCUUGCACGGGCUGACCCCUACCUGGAUGACCACUGAAUUUGUAUUUCUCCUGUUGUAGUCUUAACUUUUUGUACCUUGUAUGAAAUUGCAUUGCAUGUCAUCACUUUGAAAAAAGAGAUGUUCUUUGAAAUAAACAUUCACUAAUUUACA